AUGGUAAAUUUUUUCUAUAAUAAGCUUAUCACAGACAUCUAUCAACUUCUUGAUGGCGCAGAUAACUAUGACGUUAAUAUCAAAGUUGGGGAAAACACCGAAAUUAAAGAAUUUCGUGCACAUUCUGUAAUUUUAAGAGCACGUUCACCUUAUUUUAAAAGGGCACUCUCCGGGUCAUGGGCUACUAUUAAAGAUAGAAUCAUUUUAUUUAAUAAGCCGAAUAUUUCCCCGAACUCCUUUGCAUUAAUUCUCAAGUAUUUUUAUUCCGGAAUUCUUAAUUUAGAGAACAUUCUCAACUCCGACAUUCUCGACCUUCUAAUUGCGUCUGAUGAAUUACUCAUAGGAGAAUUAACUGAUUGUAUUCAAGAUCAUUUUAUCAAGAAACAGUAUUCCUGGGUCAAAAGUAAUUUUACUGUGAUUUUUCAAGCCAUUUUUCAGCUUCCCAGCUGUAAAAAACUUGUAGAUUAUUGUCUAGACUCUAUCUGUAUUGAUCCUGAACCUUUCUUCGCUUCUGAUGAUUUUACAUUGCUUGAUAAGAAUAUUAUUUUGGAAGUAAUUAAACGCGAUGAUCUUGAAAUCGAAGAACCAAUUAUCUGGGAUCACAUUAUUAAAUGGGGUAUUUACCGGACACCAGGAAUCGGAGGAAGGAAAUUGUCAGAAGUAAUGAGCUUUUCGAAAAAUAAUUUUAUGGAUUUAAAAGAAUCCAUAAUUCCUUUCAUUUCCCAUAUUAGAUUCUAUGACAUUUCUUUAAAAGAUUUUCAUAAUAAGGUUCGUCCUUUUCGAAAAAUUAUACCAAAACCACUUUAUGAAGAUGUCAUUGCUUUCUUAAUGGCCGAGGAGGAGCCAAAGUACAAGAAACUACCUGCACGUAUUAGGCCUUUUAUAGCCGAGUCGAAAUUUGUUAAAAGAAAGCAUGUGGCUGUUAUUUCUAAUUGGAUUGAAAGAAAGGAUUCACUGGCUUUUAUUUCUAAAGAAAAUCAAUAUCAAUUUACUCUUCUCUACAGUGGAACUCGUGAUGGAUUUGAUGUUGGUUCGUUUCACCAAAAAGUUAAUGACAAAGGAAGAGUGGUUGCAUUCAUAAAGAUAAAGGAUUCAGGCACUAUAGUUGGCGGAUUUAAUGCAACCGGGUGGGGUAACGAUCAAUUAUGGAUUAAUAAUAAUGAUCAUUUUAUAUUUUCUUUUAAAGGUAUAGACGAUCGAAUUAUUGGUCGGUCUAGUUCGGUUAACGGAAUAUUUGUAAAUAAUAAGGAUAUUUUGGCUUUCGGAAAUAGUGAUUUGAUACUUAAUGGAAAAUAUGGAAAAUGUAAAAGGCGUUUUUAUGACGAGAAAAUUUUGGAUACCAAUAGUUUUAUCGCUGAGGAGUUAGAA